GCCACGCCCCUCCUCGAUGGCCCCGCCCCCCCGUCGCCUGGCCACGCCCCCACAGGCCCGCGACCACGUGACCAUGGCGAAGAGAAAGGCGGACAGCGGCACGCGUGGCAGCAGGACCCGCGGCUGCGACGAUGCUGACGGUGCGGCCCAGAAGCGGGCGAGCAAGAGGAUCUCGCGCACGGCGAGGGGCCGACGCGGCGGAGCGCGAGGGGGCCGCGUUGAGCCCGCCAAACAUGGAGAGGCCCGAGACUCGGUGGCGACCACGAGCCAGCGGGGAGCAGCGCAGGGCGGCGCGGCGAGCGAGGGCGAAGCGGGCGGCGUGUGGAAGGAGAGGGCAGCCUCUCGGGAGGAGAGGGCAGCCUCUCGGGACGGGGGGCAGCGCGAGGCGGCAAGGGCCGGCGACCGCGUGACGGCAGAGGGCUCGGGCAGGAAAAGAGCCGCGAGUGAGAGCGACAGCGAGGAGAAUGACCUGGAAGGAAAGUCCGACGAAGAGGACUCCUCGUCCGACUCGGAGAGUGAAGGAGAGUGGCAGGAGGUGGACGAGCUUCCGGCAGAAGAGGAGGUGGGCGCCACAAGCUCAGCAGCCGGCAUCGUGAGCAUCGGGCAGGCCGUGCAGAUCGAGAUAGAGACGCCGGAGAUGGCAAAACUGCGUGCUCGCAAGGAGAAGCGCAAGAAGUUGUUUGAGGUCUGGGUGCGCCGCAUGGCAAAUCGCCACAAGAAGGAAGUGCAGCUCGACUUGCACAAGGUGCACCUGCUGUGCCUGCUGGCGAACGGGAUGCACCGGAGCGCCAUCUGCAGUUCCCCCGCCCUGCGAGCGCUGGCGCUGUCGCUGCUGCCCACGCAGUUGGCGUCUUCGCCAUCCACCAAUCACGACCUCGCCUUCCUCGCUCGACUCCUCACGUGGUUCAACUUCAUGUUCCGGGUGGACGAGGAGGAGGAGGAGGUGCAAGGAGGGACGGCGCAGGGGGCCCUGAUGACGGAGGUCCUCACCGCGAGGUUCAAGCGAACGGCACGCUCGGCUGAGGAGCUGUCGCACUUGUUCCUGGUCGUGGUGCGAGCGCUGGGCAUCACCUCGCGCCUGGUGCUGUCCCUGCAGCCGCUGCCGCUCAAGGCCGCCGCCGCCGAACCCAAGGUUGGCAGGUCGGCCCAAACCAAGACGCGCAAGGGAACCUCGAAACGGCAAGAAUCCGCUCGCCAGGGGCCCGGCGACUUCGUAGGCGGUGGUGAUGGAAGUGCGAGGGUGGAGCGAGGGAAACGUGGAGAGGCUCGGAAGAAGUCCUCCUCCACCACCACCUCCCAGAGUGGAGACGUCUCCAAGGCGGAGAGGAUUAAGGAGGAAGGGAAGGGCGAGAAGGUGGAGGAAGAGGAGGAGGAUGAUGGGAAGAUUAGAAAGCGUCAAGGUGCUGGAGAGAACGAGGGAAAGAGACGGUCUCCGAGAGUAUCCGCCCAACAAAGCUCGAAGCCGCAAGCAGGGCGCUACCGAGUCGCGGCGAGCGGCAGCGACGGCAGCGGCAGUGACGAGGACUCGGAAUUCUCCCCGAACUCCGGUGACUCAUCCGACGAGGUCUCAGAUUCAGACGAGGGUGGAGGGAGGAGGAGGAGGUCGGGGAAGUCGAGGAAGAGGCCAUCCUCGCAACAGCGAGGAGCGGCCGGGAAGAGGCCUAAGGGAGAGAAGGAGCCGGAGCUUGCGGGCGACAGCGACAGCGAUGAUUUUGUCGCCACCACGACAACCGGACGGGCGAAACACAAGCGCGCCAAGAUGCAGAGAAAGUCACCGAGCCAUCCUAAAGCUGCGUGGAAGCCUGGGGCAACAUCGACGGCGUUGGCCCCUUGCGACGCGUGGGUGGAGGUUCUCUUGCUGGACGAGGGCCCGCACGGAUGGGCGCCGGUGGGUGCCGCUGCCGCCGGCGGGCGCUGGGUGUGCGUGGAGGUCGCCGGCGCGCAGGCCGACCGGCCGGAGGCGUGCGCGCGACGGGCCACACGGCCCCUGGCGUACGUUGUGGCCUUCGAUGACGAUGGGUGCAUGAAGGACAUCACCCGCAGGUACGACCCCGCGUGGCUCACGUACACGCGGCGGCUGCGCGUGGACACCGAGUGGUGGCAGGCGGCGCUCUUCCCGUUCGAGAGCCCCCACACGCGCCGCGAGCAGCAGGAGGACGAGCAGUUAGAGGCGGGGCUGCUGAUCCGCCCUAUGCCAAGCUCCGUGUCGGAGUUUAAGAGCCAUCCGCUGUACGCGCUGCCACGCCACCUGCUCAAGUACGAGGCCAUCUACCCGCCCGGUGCUGCGGUGCUGGGCACCUGCCGCGGAGAACCGGUCUACGCCAGGGAGUGCGUCCACACCCUGCAUUCGUGCGACACGUGGCUCAAGCAGGCGCGUGUGGUGCGGCUGGGAGAGGUCCCCUAUAAGAUGGUGAAGGGUCAGUCCAACCGCUCGCGCAAGCUGCGCAUGGCGGACCCGGAGAGCCGCGACAAGCCUGACCUGGCGCUGUUCGGCCUGUGGCAAACCGAGGAAUACCAGCCGCCCGUGGCGGUGGACGGCAAGGUUCCCCGGAAUGACUAUGGCAACGUGUACCUGUUCCGGCCGAGUAUGCUCCCCGUGGGCUGCGUGCACCUCCACGCGCCGGGCCUGAACCGCGUGGCGCGCUCCAUCGGCGUGGACUGCGCGCCGGCGGUCACGGGAUUCGACUUCCACGCAGGAUACUCGCACGCCGUUACCGACGGCUUUGUGGUGUGCGAGGAGGUGAAGGACACCCUGCUGGCCGCUUGGGAGAGAGCGCAGGAGGAGGUGGAAAAGAAAGAGAGAGAGAAGAGAGAGAAUCGCGCUUUUGGAAACUGGAAGCUGCUGACCAGGGGACUGCUCAUCAGGGAGCGGUUAAAGCUGCGUUACUCGGCUAACGAUCCCGGCUCCACACAGACAACGCAGGGCGAGGAAGGCACGAGCCAGGCGGCCGAAACCCCGGGGGUCACCCCCGCCAACGACCUGGCAGUGGCCUGGCCAGACUUGGAAGAGCGGGUGCGGUCGUCUGUCAAACGAAACCAGGGGGUGGGGCGGCGUGAUCGCCAGGGCCAGAACUCUCACCUGUUCCCCUUCGAGAAGCUCUAGAGGAAGGAGUGGGACCCCCCCCCCCCCCCACCGGCGCGUGGCCCACACUCGGGCCCCUCAACUCCACUUAAUUUGCGGAUUUUCUUCGUGUGACGUGGCCCACGGCCGAACGAGGAUCGCCACUUGGAAACGUCCAGCAGAUGAUAAUUAGCCCACGCUCAUCAUCUGCUGGAGGGGAAUGUUUCAAACCUGGCAACAUAGCACGAUCGGUGACUUCUGUCACUGCACUGGCCUGACUAUGAGGUGUGUGUGUUGAUGGUUUUGUAUGGCCCAUGAAGAGCGACUGUUGGUCUUUCUCACUCUACAUGUGUUCGGUUUGUGCAACUUCGCGUUGGAAAUGCGGCAAACCUAUUUCUACCCAAAAUUCGCUCUGUGCGAUUUUAAUUCACUAGUGCGACGGCUAUUCAGACGUGGGCAAGCAGCUGUCUCGUGCGCUUCAUUGCGGGUUGGCUGACUGCGGUCCGUGCUUUGGGAUUAUGCUUUGUGCGCCCCUUUUUUUGGAAUUAAUCGACCGUGUAAAGCGAGGGAAACCUGUAAUCCAAAUUCAGUUGCAAGUGAUUGAGCCAUUGAGUUACAUUGUCUGGUAGUCGGUAAAUUGCAGACAAACCGUCUGAAAGUUUAUAUUUGCGGCAGUGGCAAAGUUAUGUUCUCCGUGGUUCUAUGUUCUUAGCUGCAGUCGCACAAAGGAAACGAUUUUAUUCUCCACGUUUGGGUGUGUGUGUGUUCAUGUGCUGUCGCCCGAUAUUUGAAAGGCCUGCUUUGCUCUCAGGGACAGGAUUCCCGACUGCUGCUCUCCAGGCAUGUGCUCACACCUCUUCUGAUCCUCGCCACCGCGAGCAAGAUUGUGCCUUUCGCAUCGUCCCGCGGAAUUCCUCAUUGACGGCGCCACAACUCGGGGGGUCCUGCUAAACCGUGGGUCGGCGAGGGGGGGGGGCUGGUUACUUCUUUGAAUAUUUCCUGGGUCGCUUGAAAACUGGAGCAGGUGGCACGAGUAGCCACAGUCAGUGCAAGUGGUAUACUUGAUGUGGUGUGCCGGGCACGUAAACAUUUUCAAGGUCGCCUACCCGGGACGGACCCGGCUGAAAUGAAUCCCUGGGUGGAACUAUGAAUGUCGAUUAAUAUCGAAUCUAGGGCUCGCGAUGCACGCAUUGAUCCUCGCAUCUAAACUGAUACUGUUGCAGUCACGUGUUGUAUACGCCUCAGACUAAAUCACCCAAAAUGUACCUGUUGAUCAAGUCAGAUGUCAAAAACUAAGCGCUGACCCUGCAUAGGACUUUGCUGAGCGACCUCCUUGCAUAAAUCAGCUCAUCGGCUACUGUGGGGCUACCUGGUGGGCAGAAGGAGACGGCGCAGCAACAUUUAUUAUCGUACCGUGCCGAGGAGCGCGAGGUGUGGUCACGGUAACCCCCAACGCGACCCGCACGACCGUGGUGGAGCCGCUCAUCCAGCAGUGGAUCAACAAGAGGCCCUGUGCGUGCGAAUGUACUGUACCGGUGUUCCGUGUUCACGUGACCCACGCAGCCAAUUGGAUGCUGCUACCGUUCACCGCAGCGUUACAAAAAAUACCCAAAACAUUUCUGUACGAUUCAAAUCGUAACCGUGAAUCGGUGAUCACCCAUCGAAUGGGCGGAGGGGGAAGUCAUUCCAACCCCUCCAGCCACAAGCUGAUAACCAUUGUCAUAGGUCCCUCGUGUUUUGUGUCAACUCGGGAGUUCUCGGUGGAUUCUUUUUACUUUAUGCGGCAUUAUUUGUUAUUGGUUUGUGCUUUUUGUGUGCUUUGUUUUCAUACUUUAUUUAAAAACGACAAAAAAAUAUGCAACAA